CAUUCAGCAGUCUGCUUAGUAUAAGUAUAAUCUCCGCUCGUUUGACAGUGAUAAAAGUUUAAUUGACUAUUUUGUGACAAUAAUGAAGUAUAUCACCGUGGAAUUUGUCUAAGUGUCUCAUCUGCCUUUUUUCUAGUGCUCUUUAUUGUCUUUCCGUGAAGAUAAGAAAUGCUCCAAGUAGCUAUUCCUCUACAAUCUAACGUGAAUUUGUCGUGAAGAGUGUGUGAUAAAUUUUUCAAUGCAAAUUGAUUUACGAGUGUUACCAUGCAAGGCAUCAAGAGGGUGUGCAUCUUCUGUAUGCUCACCACACUCCUUCCCUCCAUCCUGAUCAUCCUACCACUGUACUUGAGGCAUAGCAAGUUUGCUGAUGUAAUCUACUCCCUGGCUGAAUCGGACAUUGUGGAGAUUAAGGAGGGCAUCUCCACAAUCUUCUGUGAGCAGCAUAUUCUUCGCAUGAAUACCUCCUUCCACGCAGUACAGCUAUCGCAUAGCCCUGAAAUCUCCAAGAAAAGACGCAAGCACAUUCGCCUGAAGAAAUCCAUGACGCUGCCCGAUGACACAUUGGAAUAUUGGGGGUUUUUCCUGCUCAAAGGGGCCUCUGUGGCGCUCAAAGUCUGCUCGCGUUUCGACGGAUCGCGCAUUUUGGUGGUGAAGGGCGAGAGGAAUCUAAAAACUUGCGGAUUACAGGAGCUAAAUGAUCCUCUAUCUUUGCAGGAUCACAACAAGAACAAACCAAAUGCCAAUCUUGCCAACAAUUUGGGCCAUGUGAGUGUGACUUUUGAGACAUUCGCGGAAGAAGUACACGAUGACCUUCCCAAAUCAGAGACAUCUGAAGAGGAAGCGAAAAUCGAGGAGAUGGCAAGGUUGAAAGAAGCAGCUGAGAGAUACAUUGAGACACAUCCAAAGUCAGUAUUGGCUGAAACGAUCCUGGAACUCAAAGCCAAUCAUUCAGCCAGAGUUCGAAGAGAUCUGGUGCUGGAUCGAAAGAUAAAUCAUGGUGGUACAGCACUAAAUUACACAGAUGAACCAUCAGAUUCUGUAUCCAGCUUCGAGAAUAGUCUCCUGACGUGCUACGAUGGCCAGAUUCUGCUUGCACAGAGCUUUCCGCCCAGUUCUCAGUGCCACAAUGUGAAGUUCCUGGAGAAUGGGACUCACAUGAUCAUGAAGCACGAUGCCACAGCUGAUGGAUACUACUACUACAUUUUCUACAGCGACAAUGACCUCGUGUCCAAUGAUAUCAAUGCCAUAUUCGAUAUCCACAAACCAACAUUCCAGUAUUCGAGGCGAGAGGGCUCCAGGGACUGUAUCAAUAGCACCACAUGUGCCUUCCCCAUCCAUUUCUUCUCAGACGAGACGGUGAUCGUAGAAGUGCCCACGAGGGAUGGGAUUGAACAUGAAGAUGAGGACUUUACCACAUUGAUCUCCUCUUGCAAGCCUCGAAUGGCUAUUUAUGUGAUUUUCCCCAUUGCCAUCCUUUUCCUCCUUGUCACAUGCUCCUUCAUGUAGAAUAGCCCCCCCGUCUCCCGCCCCUUCACUUGUUCUGUCCAGCAAUUUUUUAUUAUGAUAAUAUAUUUUACAUUUGAUGGUUGUUAA